UGCGGCGGCGCCGCGCGGGGCACGCUGGGCCCGCGUCCCGCGCCGGUCCUCCCGCUUCCCAGCCUGCCUCCGCCCGCCUGAAUGGGGCAGACGCAAAAUGGCGGCGAACGCGAACUCGGCCGGCGGCGGCGGCGGCAGCCUCUCGCUCUUCGAGUGCCCCAGCUGGGCAGGAAAACCUCCACCUGGCUUACAUCUGGAUGUAGUCAAAGGAGACAAACUCAUUGAGAAACUCAUAAUUGAUGAGAAGAAAUACUAUCUCUUUGGGAGAAAUCCUGAUCUGUGUGAUUUUACCAUUGACCACCAGUCUUGCUCUCGGGUCCAUGCUGCCUUGGUCUAUCACAAACAUCUCAAGAGGGUUUUCCUCAUAGAUCUAAACAGCACACAUGGCACAUUCUUGGGUCAUAUCCGUUUGGAAGCUCACAAACCCCAGCAGAUACCCAUUGACUCCACAGUUUCAUUUGGUGCUUCUACGCGGGCAUAUACUCUGCGAGAGAAGCCUCAGACACUGCCAUCAGCAGUUAAAGGAGAUGAGAAAAUGGGCGGUGAAGAUGAAGAGCUCAAGGGUUUGCUGGGCCUGCCAGAAGAGGAGACAGAACUUGAUAACCUGACAGAGUUUAAUACAGCCCACAACAAAAGAAUUUCCACGCUAACCAUAGAGGAAGGAAACUUGGAUAUUCAGAGACCAAAGAGAAAACGGAAGAAUUCCAGAGUGACGUUCAGUGAUGAUGAUGAAAUCAUCAAUCCAGAGGAUGUGGACCCUUCUGUUGGGCGUUUCAGGAACAUGGUACAGACAGCAGUAGUCCCUGUUAAGAAAAAGCGACUGGACAAUCCAGGCUCACUGACCACGGAUGAUUCUGCAUCACGGCGUAUGCAAAACUUUCCCUACAGUGGAGGAUUAUAUGGUGGCUUACCUCCAACUCACAACGAGGCGGGUUCCCAAUCACAUGGCGUCCAUGGGACAGCACUCAUUGGUGGUCUGCCAAUGCCCUACCCCAAUCUUGCCCCAGAUGUGGACUUGACUCCUGUUGUACCCUCAACAGUUAACAUGAACCCAGCUCCAAAUCCUGCUGUCUUUAAUCCUGAAGCUGUGAAUGAACCCAAGAAGAAGAAAUAUGCAAAGGAGGCAUGGCCGGGCAAGAAGCCAACCCCUUCCCUACUGAUCUGAGUUAGGUUUUGUUGAGGGAGGGUGGGAGUUAUGAACUCCACAAACUGUUUAUGUGUAGUAUUGUCCUUUUGAAAUUUUAAUGUCCUAACCAGAUGUAAUAUGGAGAUUGGAGAAGUGAAAUAAUUCUUUAAAGAUCUGUCUUCAAACAUUUUUAUAUCUGUUAAAAAAACAACAACAAAACAAUAUAGCUACCAUCUCCCUUUGAACCAAAAUAUCUGGCAGCCUUUUCUUAGCCUCUGUCCCCUGAGGUCUCUUACUCUGAAUUUUGAUCCAUAAGUUGAAGGGGCAGAAUCACACAAUUUAAUUAUCAUUUAUGGCAUGACCCUGCAAAUGCGUGUAUUUAGGUGUCGUGCUUACUAUGAGUAAUGUUGUUCCUGCUGGACUUGCUCAUAGCAGGUCAGCUGUAUCAGAAGUAAAUGUUUGUGGGGCCAGGCCUUUCAGAAAUCCCACUGGUCUGAGUUCUAAAACUUGCAAAAUACAGGCCAGCUUUUAUUUUUACCUUUUCAAAACCCUACCAAUGUGGGGCAUUCUUUUUUUUUCCUAGUUUGGCUGCAGCUUGUUUUAAUUUCCACCUAAGACACUACAACAUCCUAUGAGUUGAUGAGUACCUGGAGUUGAGAUAGACAAGGAAUAGAUGGACUUCCUAAGUUGUGGAGUCCAGUAUUGCACAACAGAGUGCCAUGUAGUUGGAUAAAGGGGUACACGCAUGGAUGGAUCCGAGCUCGUGUUGGUACUAAUGGCAGCAUACAAGCAUGGCAAGUCUAGAUACAUUUGACUGUUGGAUAGACACUAUCUACAGCGUACAAAUAAUCGUUGACAAAGUAGUGAUAACUUAAGGUGGAGUUAACACAGAGGAAGACACUUUUUUUAAACUUGGUGGCCCUUUUAAUUUAAAUAAUUUUGCUUUUAUUUACAAAUGGAACUUGUGAGCUUAGCGUAUAUGAGAUGUGACAAGGCACACAUGCAAAUGAGCAGCCAUCAGCAGUGUCAGAGGAUUCAUAUGUGUAACAACUAAAACUGCAAUCUACACGCUAUUUUGGUUUUUGGCUGCUAGUAACAGUGGGUAGGAAUCAAGUGCUACCUAAAGCUAGAAUAUAAAUUCCUAGUAGAGGGUCUGCCUCACCUUGAACAAAGGAAGCACACAAGUUGGUUUCAUGGCAUUACUUUUUUUUUUUUUGACUAUUUAAUCAUUUUCUCCCAUUGAAUAAAAUGAGAAAUGUGAUUUGGAUUAUUGCUUUACCCCAUCAAAUCCGCAGUUUCAGAUUUCAAAAUCUGAUUCAAACAUAUUCAGACCCUAUGACUUUAUACAAGGUAAGGCCAGAGCCCUUUCUUUCUUAGGUUUAUUUUCAUUUUUUUUACGUUGCAUAAUGCAGUUCAGCUACAUAGUCACAUUCCUUUGUUUGGGGGAAUCCUCCAGGAAAUGUGCCCUAAAAUGGCAGUAGUAUAUCCAGCUGUUCAUUAAUGUGUACAGUACUGUAGCUACCUGGCUAUGUAGAAUUGUGAAAAUAUGAUGGUUGCUGGAACAGUGCUGUUUUAUAGUGCAUCUGCUGUGCUGUAGGCACUAGACCUGUUUUGAACAGAUGCUCCAAAAUCAGUGCAACUUCUGCAUCUGCAGAGUGAUUGCUUCUAUCAUGGUAUUGAGGUAAAAAAGAGCUAGUAGCUACCCUGUUCACAAGAGUGAUGCCUUUAGAGACUGGCUUGUACCUCUCCAUGCCUUCAUAUCUAGCUCAAACUAUUACAUGAAUGAAUGUGGUAACUUCUCCAUGAUAUAGUUAUGCCACUCUGUGCAUAGUUGCUAUUAAAAAUGACUCAGUCCUGUUACGUUCUUCUUUCAAACACUCCGUACUCUCUUAAAAUCUUUCUCACUUUAAUUUUUAGUUUUGCUUCUUUACAGGAUGUAGUUUUCUUUUUCCAGCCAGUCAGUUUUAUGAAGGCAACUCUUUACGGUAAGACUAGUUAGAGCAAGUAAAAGUUGAACAGGUCAUCUUUUUUCUUUUUUUUUUGUUUGUUGGGUUUUGGUAGGGUUUUUUGUUUGUUUUGCAAGUGGCUCUUUGCAAGAACUUUCUUGAAAAGGGAAGCUUUACUGAAAAUUGGUUUUUAAAGCUCUUCUCCUCCCUGGGUUUUUACAAGCUCUCAUUAUUUCAGAGCUUAGAGGCCAUAGCCGGCCAGUACAGGAGGAGACAGUAUAACAUCCAGGGGCUUUGUACAGAAGUUUGUACACUUGUGUAAUAUGUAAUAGGCCUUUUCACACUUUCUGUUGAGCUUUUUACCUGUAACCUUUACUAUGUUGUAAAUUAAACGCAAAUUUUGCCA